AUGCCAGGCUUCGACUCGCCACCCGUGACCUCGGCGGUGGAGCGCGCGGAGCUCGCGGAGGAGGCCGGCGGCCGCGCGAGCGUCUCCGCGCAGGCCUCGGAGUCGAGCGGGUCGGACACGAGCGCGUCGGAGGGCCUUCGCGCCCAGCGCGCGCCCUGGCGGGCGGCGGGCAGCGCAGCCGUGGCUGCUCUGCUGCUGGCCGGCGCGGGCGCGGGGGCGGCGCGCCUGGCGCGGCGCGGGGCGGCCUCGGGCACAGGCCGCCUCCAGAGCAAGGAGCAGACGCUGGCGCUGCCCUCUCGCGACAAGUGCGCGGCCUCGGACGAGGAUUGUUACAGCUCGGGGUGCUGCAACGUGGCAGGCAUGAAAUGCUACGAGACGAAGCCGGGGAAGGGCAAGUGCGCGAUGAAUUGCACUCCCAGCGCCUCCCAGCUGUGCAUUCAGACGCAGCCCAUCAUGGACCAGAUCCUCACGGAUGGCGAUUGGUACAGCCCCUCGAUGUACUGCUUCGCAGUGGUCAUGCAGGACAUCGGCAGCACAAAGAAGUAUUAUGACUUGGAACUGCUCCAGGGAGCGUACACCAGGGGGACCAGCAUCUUCGGGUGCGAUGCCUGGGGGGUAUUCAGCGACCAGGAGGGCUGGGUUGGGCCGGACGCUCCGCUCGUCAAGGUGGAGGAUGCCGACGGGGACUUCCACUUCGCGAAGAGAGAGGAAACGGGCACCUGGCUGAACACUGGUCUGCACUACCAGGCCUGGAAGGCGAUUGGAGAAGCGGGCGUGUACAAGAGCGCCAACUGGGUAGUGAAGGUAGAUGCAGACGCGGUCUUCGUGCCGAAUCGCCUGGUGUCCUUCCUGUCGAGCCAGUUGGUUCCAGCCACCGGCAUUUACCUCGAGAACUGCAAGAAGGUGAAAUAUGGGUGGUUCGGCAGUUUGGAGAUAUUCUCGGCAAUGGCAUUCGAGACACUCUUGGGGUCCAUGGCUUCGUGCAAAGACACCCUCGACUGGAAAACGGGUAUCGACGGCGGCAAGUACGGCCCGAUGGGUGAGGAUCUGUUUGCGCAGGUCUGCUUGGAUGCGAACGGCGUCCCCCGCGGGGAGGCAUUCGGCACCAAGUUGGACGGGACCUGCGAAGCCGACCGGCCAACGGCCGAAAAGAAGAACAAGAAGUGGAAGCCCACGUGCGACAGCGGCCUCUUUGCGGCCUACCACCCGCUGAUGAAGCCUGAGGACUACUGGUCCUGCUGGGAUGCCACCACCAAGGCGUUCGGCUACUGA